AUGCCCAAAGCCGAAGUCGGCAGCACCAAAUAUGUCGCCAACAAAAUGAAAGCCAAAGGCCUCCAGCGCCUACGCUGGUACUGCCAAAUCUGCUCGAAACAAUGCCGGGACGAAAACGGCUUCAAACAACACACGCAAUCCGAGGGCCACGUGCGGGCGAUGCUACUCGUGGGCGAAGACCCCAAGAAGCACAUCGCAGAAUUCUCCCGCCAGUUCCAGCGGGAUUUCUUGCAGUUGCUAAGGACCGCGCACGGCGAGAAGAAGGUGCAUAUGAAUAAUUUCUAUCAGGAGUAUAUUCGGGAUAAGGAGCAUGUGCAUAUGAACGCGACGCGGUGGCCGAGUUUGACGGAGUUUGGGAAACAUCUUGGUAGGGAGGGGAUUUGUCGCGUGGAGGAGGGGGAGAGGGGGUUGGAGAUUGCGUGGAUUGAUGAUAGUGCGGAGGCGAUUAGGCGGAGGGAGGAUGUGAAGCGGAAGGAGAGGUUGGCGCAGGGGGAGGAGGAUGUGGAGAGUCGGUUGUUGGAGGCGCAGAUUCGGAGGGCGAGGGAGGAGGAGGCUAGGAAGAGGAGGGAGGAGGGUGGGGAGAGUGCGCAUGUGGAUGGAGAGAAGAGGGUGGAAGAGGACGGAGAGAAGAAGGCUCUGGAGCCCGUGAAGGUCCCUGGGUUUAGUUUGAAGGCGAAGGGUCCGGCCAAGAAGCAGGAUACCCCAGAAGACCAACCAGAAGGCCAACCCGUGGCAAUAGACACAUUCUCCUCCGCCGACAAAUCCACCGAAGCCCCAAAACCUGAGGAGAAGAGCGAGUCAAAAGACGAAGACGAAGACGAACUCCCCCCAAAACCCGCACCUGCACCCGCACCCGCAGCCCCAGCCAAACCCGCCCUCUCCUUCGGCCUCAAAGCCAAAACCUCCAACCCGCUCGCAAGGAAGAACCCUCUCGCAAAAGCCAAACCCGCCGCAGUAGUGGAACCGGAGAAGAAGCUGAGUAAUAUGGAGAGGAUCAUGAAGGAGGAGAUGGAGCGGAAGAGACUUGCGGAGCAGAGAGGGGGUGGGGGGAAGAGGCAGCGGUUGGGGUGA